CAAACACACAAAGCAACAGCUGCAAACAGCAAAAGAAACACAACGGAGAUUUAUUCAGACGCCUUUGAUCUUCAGAUAAGAAACAGGCAAGUUACCAAGAGUGAUAUUUAUUGAGACGUCCUUGAUUUUAGCUGGGAAACAGGCAAGUUUUACAAAGAGAAUGAUCAAAGGAAUCGUUGGAAAUCAGCAAUUGGGGUUACCUGCAGGAUUUCGAUUUCACCCUACUGAUGAAGAGUUGGUGCAGCAUUAUUUGUGCAGGAAAUGUGCAGGACAGAGUAUUUCUGUUUCGAUUAUAGCUGAAAUUGAUCUUUACAAGUUUGAUCCUUGGCAGUUGCCUGAAAAGGCAUUAUACGGUGAAAAAGAGUGGUAUUUUUUCUCCCAAGAUAGAAAAUACCCGAACGGUUCAAGGCCGAACCGGGCAGCAGGAACCGGUUAUUGGAAAGCGACCGGAGCAGAUAAACCGGUGGGAAAACCGAAAACAUUAGGGAUAAAAAAGGCACUUGUAUUUUAUGCUGGAAAAGCACCAAGAGGUAUAAAGACUAAUUGGAUUAUGCAUGAGUAUCGACUUGCUAAUGUGGACAGAUCUGCUGGAAAGAGUAAUAACUUGAGGCUUGAUGAUUGGGUAUUGUGUCGAAUAUACAACAAGAAGCACACGAGAAGUAUUACAAUGUGGACAACAAGGAGUGAGAGUUUUGGGGAAUUUGAGGAUGAAAUAAAACCAAAAAUAUUUCCAACACAACUAGCACCGGCUCCGGGGCAGUGGCCCCCACGACCCCAAUCAACCCCCGCAAGCGACUACUUCAACUUUGAAACAUCCGAGUCGAUGACUACUACUAGGAUGCACACGACAAACUCGAGCUCUGGCUCAGAGCAUGUCUUGUCGUCAUGUGACAAGGAGGUUCAGAGUGCACCUAAAUGGGACGACCUUGGAACCGCCGCCCUUGAUUUCCAGAUAAAUUAUUUGGAUGGUUUGCUGAACGACCCUUUUGAAAUCCAAAUGCAGCAGCAAAAUUGCAACAUUGACCAGUUCAACACUUUCCAGGACAUGUUCCUAUACAUGCAAAAACCUUAGUAGAAUUGUAUAAAUCAUGUGAUUCAAAUUGAUUUUGAUCCAUGACAUUUUGUUGGUUCUUUGGUGGUGUAGGUCAACUUUUUAUUGAUUAGAUUAGAAAAGUAGAAAUGCUAUUCAAAUUUGGUGGGCUAUAGCUCAAAUGAGCCUUCGCUAGAUAGCCAAAGGAUUAUGUAGAAGGCUUAUUGUAAGGUACAGGUAAAACAAAUGAAAAUUUGUUAAUAUCAAUUUAUCAUUCUUCAA